UUUCAAACACUCUACAUGCCAGCGGUGGCCCUCUUGCGGUCAAGAGAGGCAUCCAGGUCGACCACAUCAGUCAAUGCGGAGGAUUUACCUCUGUACUUACCCUCCGACAUCAUCAAUACUGACGCCGUCGCACGAAGUGCUAACCUUGAAGGUAUUGAGCUACGGCUGCGGUAUGCGCAAGCCAAUGACGCACUCGAACAAAUGCGGAGGCAUCUCCGCGCUAGAAGCAAACUUUACAACGUCAAGGACCGCGACGUACGCGGCCAGCGGUACAACACCCGCUCUCGAACGUACAUCAACACUGUACAGGAUAAGAUCGACGCUGAUGCUGCCCGAUAUCGUGCUGCGCAUAAGGCGCUCCUCGUUCUUGAUCCCAAGGACAGUCUCGCGUGGAUGAAGGUUCUGCGAUACCUCGGACCUGAUGAUGUCCGCGGGAUGAAGGAGCGCCUUGAGAAGGAGUCGGAGGGGAAGCGGGUUCUGCCUUGGAUAUGGCGGACGACUGGUUUCCGCGGGGGAGAUGAUGAGGACGAGGACGAUCUCGAGGCUGUCCGGAUAGAGUGGUGUCAAGCUCGCGCACGAGCCCAUCGAUUCAAUGAAGAAUGCGACCUUCUAGAGGAGGAGAUGCGGCGAGUUGUCGAUUUUUGGAACUGGCAAGCGUGGUGGUGGUUGCAUAAGGCAGACGAGGCCGUUUGGGAUGCGAGUUCAUCCCCUGUCGGAUGCUCUCCACAACAUGCAGAAGGCCGGACUGCUUAUGCCCGACGUCAGGCUGACAUUAGGUUGGCCAUGAUGGCGAAAGUUGCCAAAAACUGGCAGUGUGUACCUGAG